AACAAAAAUACUGCUGCUACAUGCAUUUUCAGGAUUUUUGGAACUGUGGACGUUUUAAAACGAUUCGGGGUCGAUGGAAGAAUCAACAGUCGAUACGAGAACCGACCAAAGAUGCUAAAUACGAUUUCUAGCGCUUAUUAUCAUGGAAUCGUCACCACGUCAGUCACAUAUGGACGGGCACUGCAAAAACACAUAAAAUGCAGUUGUUCCAUGUCUACUGGACCCAAGGAUGAGAUGAAGUACAAACCAACAGUUAAAAUACCACCAGAGAGGAAAAAAGGUGGACCAACCAAAUUACCUAUUGCGGGGGUGAAUCAAGUAAUCGUAGUGGCUUCCGGGAAAGGAGGUGUUGGUAAAUCAACAACAGCAGUGAAUCUUGCACUUGGCAUUAAGGCAAAUGAUCCAAAUAAGAAUGUUGGCCUAUUAGAUGCAGAUAUAUAUGGACCUUCUCUACCUCGUAUGAUGAAUCUUAAAGGCCCAGUUGCAGCCAAUGAAAAAAAAAUAAUGAUGCCUUUGGUUAACUAUGGGAUCAAGUGUAUGUCUAUGGGUUUUAUGGUAGAUGAAAAUGAUCCUAUUGUGUGGAGAGGUCUUAUGGUUAUGUCCGCUAUACAGCAGUUUACUAAACAGGUUGAGUGGGGUCCCCUUGAUUACUUAGUGGUUGAUAUGCCUCCAGGUACUGGUGAUGCACAGUUAACCAUGUCCCAAACUAUACCUGUAGAUGGUGCAGUGAUUGUAACUACUCCUCAAGAUAUUGCAUUGUUAGAUGCUCGGAGGGGAACAGAAAUGUUCCGUAAAGUUAACAUACCAGUAUUGGGGGUAGUUCAGAACAUGAGUAUGUUUGAAUGCCCGAAAUGUGGUCAUAUGGAACAUAUAUUUGGUGCUGAAGGUGCUAGGCGAUUAUCAUUUGAGAUGGGAAUUGAAUUUUUAGGUGAUGUACCAUUAAACAGUGCCAUACGGGAGACAUCAGAUGAUGGCAAACCAAUAGUCAUCUCAAAGCCAGAUUCGCCACAGGCAAAGGUGUAUAGAGACAUUGCUAAACAUGUACUAAGAGUACUACCCCUUUAUAAAGGACUAGUAGCCAAAGUGACUUGAUUUCUCUAAGAAUUAUAGGAUGUGAUUUUAAUUUAUUAUUGUUGCAUGUGAUGCAAUAGGAAAACAAAAAAUAAAAUGUAGUGCAAUGAUUUAUUUGUUUGUCUUUAUUGAUUCAAUGAGCAAUAUUGGCACACAGUAAUCUUCCGAAUCCCAAAGGCUUUAAAAUUGAAGGAAAGGAAUCUCUUGGAAACAAAAAAAUGGAAAGAUCCACAACUUGAUGUUAGAAGAAAAGAGUACAUUGUACUUUCUGAAAGCAUACUCCUUAAUUGGACAUUUAACACAUAAAUU